AUGGAUGAAAAAGGUGCUCUAAAAGUUUUAAUGACUUCAAUGAUUGGCCUUGGCCAUUUACAUGCAUGCAUUGGAAUCGGUGCCCUUCUUCGUAAACGCGGUCAUGAAAUUUACUUUGCCCAUUACGAUGCAAACAAGGAAACUAUUGAAAAGCAUGGAUUUCACUACUUAUCAUUGUGUGAAUACAAUGAUAAAAAUUAUCCCAUAAUGAAUGCGCUGCCCAAUCUUGGCGAAGUAUUCAAGAAACGUUUCGAGCUGUCGAUGAAACACUCAAGUUUGGACAUUUUGAAGGAGUCAAUUAAUUCUGGUGCAAAUGCUGAGGAUGGCCUAGUCUAUGUAGUUGAGUUUGCUAAAGGUGAAAACUGUGCAAUGUUGAACCUGAUUGAGAAGAUAAAGCCAGAUGUCUGUUUAGUCGAUCAUAUUUGGUGUAUGCCUUGGACUGUUAAAGCUUCUUGUCCAGUGAUUCCUGUUUGGUCAGCAUCGCCAGUUGAUCUGUAUAAUGGUCCACCAAUGGGUUCAGGAUAUUCAGUGCAUGAUCCACCUCAGCUUUGGUCUGAAUAUCGCAAGUUGAAGGAAGAGUGCGAAAAGUAUAUAAUAGAGAAAGCAAAGGAAUUGUACAAAUUGUUUGAUGUUGAAUUCAAACCCCAGCUUUAUGCAAAGCAACUAGGAAUUUACAUUUACCCUGGUCCAUUGGAUUACCAUGAAUUGGGUCCACCAAAAGAAAACUGGGUUCGUCUUGAAUCAUCCAUUCGGUCACCAGAAACGGCGAGUUUUGAAAUACCAGAGAAACUGAAAGAUAAAGCAGGAAAGCUCAUCUAUGUCUCGAUGGGAACAUUGGCUUCAUCUGUAGUUGAGUUAAUAACCAUGAUAUUAACUCCAUUGGCCAACUCUCCUCAUCGUUUCAUCGUUUCAACUGGUGUUAAUGGUGAUUCAAUCAAGCUCCAUGAUAAUAUGUGGGGAGACAAAUAUAUCAACCAAGUUGCUCUUUUACCCAAAGUUGACUUAUUCAUAACUCAUGGAGGAAGCAAUUCGUUGAUUGAAGGCUUAGUCGAGUGUAAACCAUUGAUAGUUAUACCUCAAUUUGGUGAUCAACUUGAUAAUGCUCAACGAAUAGUUGAUCUUGGUUUAGGUGUGAGGAUAGAUUUGCAUGAAUUUAGUGGUGAAAAGUUACUAAAAGCUAUUGAAGAAGUGCUCAAUAAUAAAGAGAUUCUCUCAAAUGUCGCUCGAGUAAGCGAAGAGCUGAAACAGUCUGAUUCAAGGGAUAAAGUUGUUUCUCUUAUUGAACAACUUGCUCGAAACAAAUCACUUUAA